UCCGGGUGCAUUGUGGGUAUCGGGAGAAGAUGGCUGCGCCCUUGCGGGAGUGCUGAGGAACCGUUCCUGUCGGGAGAAACCGGGAGAGAGAGUGAAACACACACGCCGACGCGCGCGCGCUCACUCUCACCUUCACUCACACACACUGAUCAAAAGCGGCGUCGACAGCGGGACACGAUCAGCUCGCGCACCCGAGCAGAAAGAUGAAGAGGAGGAUGGUGGUGGUUGUGAUGAUGAUGAUGGGCCUGCAUGCGAGCUCGUGCCCCUGACGAAGAGUUGUUGUCACGAGUAUCGCACGUUUUUCCACUUCGUUAAAAACACACGUAGCUACGCUAUAAAGACACACACACACAAACACUCACAUAAACACACACCGCUGAGAUCUGCUGCUGCUGCUGUGGGGUGAAGCUGCUUAACGGAGCGGUCAGCGCGCGCAGCUCGGCCUCGCCGAGGAGUGUGAUGAAAAUGGACGCAGAGCUUCUCCACUCGCCCGUGGUUGGCCUGUCUGAGGAAGAGGAGGCCGACAUGAGCGACUGGAACCUUCCGCUGGCCUUUAUGAAGAAAAGGCACCUGGAGAAGAUUGAAGGGUCUAAAGCACUGGCGCAGAGCUGGAGGAUGAAGGACAGGAUGAAGACAGUGAGUGUGGCGUUAGUUUUAUGUUUAAAUGUUGGCGUUGAUCCUCCAGAUGUGGUGAAGACGUCUCCCUGUGCCAGGCUGGAGUGCUGGAUAGAUCCCCUCUCCAUGAGUCCACAGAAAGCCCUGGAGACGAUAGGGGCCAACCUGCAGAAGCAGUACGAGAACUGGCAACCCAGGGCGCGCUAUAAGCAGAGUCUGGACCCCACAGUGGACGAGGUGAAGAAGCUGUGUACGUCUCUGCGGAGAAAUGCUAAAGAAGAGCGCGUGCUUUUCCACUACAAUGGACACGGGGUUCCCCGACCUACAGUCAAUGGGGAGAUAUGGGUCUUUAAUAAGAACUAUACGCAGUAUAUCCCUCUCUCUAUCUAUGACCUGCAGACGUGGAUGGGCAGUCCCUCUAUCUUUGUGUAUGACUGCUCCAAUGCCGGCAUCAUCGUCAAAUCCUUCAAACAGUUUGCUCUGCAGAGAGAGCAGGAGCUGGAGGUGGCAGCGAUAAACCCCAACCACCCUCUGGCCCAAAUGCCUCUGCCCCCGUCUAUGAAGAACUGCAUCCAGCUGGCAGCCUGUGAAGCCAACGAGCUCCUGCCCAUGAACCCUGACCUCCCAGCUGACCUCUUCACCUCCUGCCUGACCACACCCAUCAAAAUCGCCCUGCGCUGGUUUUGCAUGCAGAAGAGUGCCAAGUUGGUGCCAGGGGUGACAUUGGACCUGAUCGAAAAAAUCCCCGGGCGGCUGAAUGACCGGAGGACACCGUUAGGAGAGCUGAACUGGAUCUUCACUGCAAUCACAGACACUAUCGCAUGGAAUGUUCUACCUAGAGAUCUGUUCCAGAAGCUUUUCCGGCAGGACCUGUUGGUGGCAAGUCUUUUCCGCAACUUCCUAUUGGCUGAGAGGAUUAUGAGGUCCUAUAACUGCACCCCUGUUAGCAGCCCCAGACUCCCGCCAACAUACAUGCAUGCAAUGUGGCAGGCGUGGGACCUUGCAGUGGAUAUCUGUCUGUCUCAGCUUCCCACCAUCAUAGAGGAGGGAACAGCCUUCAGGCACAGUCCAUUCUUCGCUGAGCAGCUCACAGCGUUCCAGGUGUGGCUGACCAUGGGUGUGGAGAACAGGAACCCACCUGAGCAGCUUCCUAUCGUCCUGCAGGUCCUCCUCAGCCAGGUGCACAGAUUGCGGGCCUUGGACCUGCUGGGAUGCUUUCUGGACCUGGGUCCAUGGGCAGUGAGCUUGGCUCUGUCUGUAGGGAUAUUUCCUUAUGUACUGAAGCUGCUGCAAAGUUCAGCGAGAGAGCUGCGUCCACUUCUCGUCUUCAUCUGGGCCAAAAUCCUGGCGGUGGACAGUUCCUGUCAGGCUGAUCUGGUGAAGGACAACGGCCACAAGUACUUCCUGUCGGUUUUGGCUGAUCCGUACAUGCCGGAGCUGGGAAAUACGUGGGGUCUCACAUCCCAGAAAGACCAUGAAUGGAUGUGUUUACUUGCAUUACAGGACAAUGCGGAGCAUCGGACCAUGGCAGUGUUCAUCUUGGCCGUUAUUGUGAACAGCUACAACACAGGACAGGAAGCCUGUUUGCAGGGUAAUCUGAUAGCCAUCUGCCUGGAGCAGCUCAGUGACCCACACCCGCUCCUCCGACAGUGGGUGGCCAUCUGCCUCGGCCGAAUCUGGCAGAACUUCGACUCGGCCCGCUGGUGUGGAGUCCGAGACAGCGCCCACGAGAAGCUCUACAGCCUCCUCUCCGACCCCAUCCCAGAGGUGAGAUGUGCUGCUGUGUUUGCUCUGGGGACAUUUGUUGGGAAUUCAGCUGAGCGGACGGAUCACUCCACCACCAUCGACCACAAUGUGGCCAUGAUGCUCGCCCAGCUCAUCAAUGAUGGGAGUCCUGUGGUUAGGAAGGAACUGGUUGUAGCUCUCAGUCACCUGGUGGUUCAGUAUGAGAGUAAUUUCUGCACCGUGGCUCUGCAGUUCAUGGAGGAGGAGAAGAACUACGCAGCUCCUUCACCUGCCAACACUACAGAGCCGGGAAAUCUGACUCCGGUCAGAGAAAGCCCGGCCAUUCCUCGGCUGCGGUCAGUGAACUCCUACACCAACAUCCGUGCAGCCACCACCGCGCGGAACCUCAACAAGAGCCUGCAGAACCUCAACCUCAACGAAGAGGGUGGCCCUGUGACCUUUUCUCCGGGUAACCUGAGUGCCAGCAGCAGUGCCAGCAGUACCCUGGGUAGUCCUGAUAAUGACGAGUACAUCCUGUCCUUUGAGACCAUCGACAAGAUGAGAAGAGUCAGCUCCUACUCCUCCCUCAACUCUCUUAUAGGUGUGUCCUUUAACAGUGUGUACACUCAGAUAUGGCGAGUUUUGCUACACCUGGCUGCUGACCCAUUUCCUGAAGUUUCUGACCUGGCAAUGAAGGUCCUGAACAGCAUUGCCUACAAGGCUACAAUGAAUGCUCGUCCACAGAAGAUUCUGGACUCUGGGUCUCUAACCCAGUCAGCACCGGCCAGUCCAACCAGUAAAGGAACACUCAUACACCAAGCAGGUACUUCGAAUGGAGCCAACCGCUCUCUGUCUCGUUGCAGCGGGUCUCCGCCCAUUCCAGGUGUGUCCAGCUCCAGCCUGACCAACGAGGUGCCAAAGCCCCCCACCCGUGAUGCUCCACCUACUAGACCUCCCUACACACCUACUCUGGGAACUCAGGGUCCGCCCCAUUCACACCAGUUCCAGCGAACACGCAAAAUGUUUGACAAGGGACCCGACCAGAUGACGGAGGAUGGUGAGGAAACCCCUGGACACAGGAAUUUCAUCAGCAUGGCUCUGCAGACCGGACUGUGUGACUGGAGUGCCAAAUACUUUGCCCAACCUGUGAUGAAGAUCCCUGAAGAGCAUGAUAUGGAGAGUCAGGUGAGGAAGGAAAGAGAGUGGAGGUUUCUGCGGAAUGCUGGAGUGCGGAGACAGAGCCAGCGCAUCAUCCAAAGAGGAAUUACCCGACUGGACGAUCAGAUCUUCAUAAACAGAAACCCUGGAGUGCCUUCAGUAGUAAAGUUCCACCCGUUUAAUCCGUGCAUCGCAGUGGCGGACAAAGACUCCAUCUGUUUCUGGGAUUGGGAGAAAGGUGAGAGGUUGGAUUAUUUCUACAACGGCAACCCUCGCUACACACGCAUCACAGCCAUGGAGUACCUCAAUGGACACGACUGCUCCCUCCUCCUCACAGCCACCGAUGAUGGGGCUUUGCGCAUCUGGAAGAAUUUUGCAGACCAGCGGAAUCCUGAGAUGGUGACGGCGUGGCAGGGGCUUUCUGACAUGCUGCCCAGCACUCGAGGUCUUGCUCGGCGGGUUUCAAUCUAUCUUGACAGAAGUAAACAGGGAGGUGCAGGUAUGGUGGUGGACUGGGAGCAGGAGACUGGACUCCUCAUGACCUCUGGAGAUGUUCGAGUGGUCCGCAUCUGGGACACAGAGAGGGAGAUGAAAGUUCAGGAUAUACCAACGGGGGCUGACAGCUGUGUGACGAGUCUGUCGUGUGACCCACAGCGCUCUCUGGUGGUGGCAGGGCUGGGAGACGGUUCUGUGCGAGUGUAUGACCGAAGGAUGGGCCCAAAUGAGUGUCGUGUGAUGACAUAUCGUGAGCAUGGUGCGUGGGUGGUGAAAGCUCACCUGCAGAGGGAGACAGACGGACACAUCAUCAGCGUGAGUGUAAAUGGUGACGUGCGUUUCUUCGACCCGCGGACACCGGACUCCAUAAACAUCCUGCAGACGGUGAAGGGUCUGACUGCGCUGGACAUUCACCCACAGGCCAACUUGUUCGCCUGUGGUUCUAUGAAUCAGUUCAUUGCGGUAUAUAACUCCAAUGGGGAUGUGAUCAGUAAUAUCAAAUAUUAUGACGGCUUCAUGGGGCAGCGCAUCGGAGCUAUUAGCUGUCUCGCCUUUCACCCCUACUGGCCUCACCUGGCAGUGGGCAGUAAUGACUACUACAUGUCCAUCUACUCGGCUGAGAAGAGACUCAGAUAACACCAUGAACUCUGACCCUUUUGACCUCAUUUACCUGGCAGAGGCGGGGAUGUAAAUGACUCUGUGUAAAUACGCAACUACCACCAUGAAUGUCUAGUGAAGGCUGCUGAACUCACACGACGACUAUAAUAUUAUUAUUAUUAUUAUUGUGACUAUUAUGAUCAUUUUUCUUCUCAUUUUGGAGUUAUUGAUUGUAGACUUGGCUGUGCUGAGCAGUGUGUAUAUGUAAACUGCGUAUAAAAAAAGGAUAAAACACAAACAAAUAAACAGGGAAGUAUAUUUUACAUUUGGGGCGAGAGACUUUGCAGCCUGGCAGAGAUUCGGGCUCUCUCUCCUGAAGUCUGAAGGUGAGGCUGCUCCUGGAAUAAUAAGAGAGGAUGGAAAGGAAAGCUGAGUGGACCUCCUCCAUCCUUAACACCUCAAAAGAGGUGCAUGAGUUUAAAUGGACACAUGACAAGUGAAGUCUUUAUACAUACACAAACACACACACACAUAUAUAUAUACUUGCAUACACACAGCAUCAUUGUGUAUAUAUAUAGCUAUCAUAGCGAAACCUGUGACGUAAAUGUAAAUUGAUGUACAAACCUGACUUUAAUAUAUGCUGGACCGUUUCUAUUGGUCCUCUCAAUAUAAGAUAGUUCCACAAUGUAAAGAACAGCUUUUCAGUGCUGUAAAAAAAUAAGUAAGGUUUUGGUAUGACGGUGACUAUAUAUAUGUAUCUCAUCACUGUUAAACAGAAACCUUGUAUCUCCAUUUUUGACAUAACAUUAAUCUAGCAUUGGUUUCUCACAUUGUUUCAGAGUCAUUCAUGAUGAAUGGACCAAUAGAAACGCUGCAAAAUGACUUUAAAUAUUUUGCCUUUCACUUCCAGUGAAUGUUGCCAUUUUGGAGAUACAAAGUUUUGCAUGACAGCGACUGUAUAUAUACACACCAGCAGGCAGUCGAAAAGAAAAUCUCAAAUCAGAUCGGUUCAUAUUCUCCUACGCUGAUGUGUCGAUCAACUGUGUUUAAAGGAUUUUUCUUUUUGGUCAAGAACUUGAUACCAUCAAAUUGAAUCACCUGAUGAUGUGUGGGCCUGUGUUUAGAAAAUUGUGAUUGGAGAAUAAGAACCCAAACGCUGUAAGAGGUGUGUGGACAGCUGUAAAGAAGGCUUGUAACAUGAACAAUGACAUUUCCCUCACUUUUGAGGAAAUUAAUGUGUAAAAGUUGAUCAAACUGGUUUUAUUUUGUUCGUAAACCUAAACAUUUUAUAAUUUUCAUGGACAAAAUGAAUACACAAAAAUGAUGUAAGAAAUAUAAAAGAUGUGGCCCCUUUGAAACUGCUUAUCAAAUGUUAUGAACAGUUAUUAAGACCCGGUAAGAAGGACCUGCUCAAUAGUAAUACACGUAUUGGUUGGUAUCAGUGAUCAAUACAAAAUAUAAAAUAAUUGAUCAUCUUUUUGGCUGCCAUUGUGUGUGUACAUACAGUAUAUACACACACACUAUAUGGACAAAAGUAUAGAGACACCUGCAUCAGUCCCAUUGCCAAAAGUGUAUAAAAUCCAGCACCUAGCCAUGCAAUCUGCCUUUACACACAUUAGGAAAAGACACAUAGUUCUGUCAUAUAAUGGCACCUUCAGAAAGUCAGUUUGUGUCCUGUAGGUGUAAUAUGAGUGUGUCCCAAUACUUUUGUCCAUAUAGUGAACAUUCACACGCACAAACAGACUAUGUUCUGAUUAGAUGUAUAGUGUAGGCCUAAGAUGCACACACCCACAGUGCCAAAACACACAUCUUCACCUUCACCUUGCAUUACAGUGACAGGGUCUCUCCUCCAAACACACACUGACCACAUGUCUGCACAGAUCAAUGAGUGAGAGCAAAUAGGGUACACACACACUUUCACACUCACACAGUAAGGCAAAGAGAUACAACCAGGGAUUAAUGCAAGGGUGGAUUUCAAUUAAAGCGAUAGUUCAGCAAAAAAAAUUAAAUAAAAUUAGCUGAAAUAUGUCUGAGUUCACUGUCUGAGGUUUGCAUCUUUAGCCAAUUAGCAUCAUGCACAAUUCACUGCAAAUUACACAUUACACAUGCCACAGUAGUGUGUGUGUAUAUGUCAGUCCAUAUUAUAGAGAACAGUCAGUUGUAGAUGUUUAUAGAGUUUAUGGAACCACGCAUCACAGUUUUGGGGUAGCCAUGUUGCUCCAGUUUAGAAUCAUAAGGAUGCAAAUUUCCAACACAAAAUGGUGCACUCAUGUUCAGAGUGGUGUGAAAUUGUGGUUCAUUACAGAAAAACAUUCUAAAUCUGACUUGUUUACAGUGGUGGUGAGUAGAACCAGAUUUUCACAUGACUUCAACACAAAUAUAGUUAUUUUAUUUAUUUCGCAAAGCCACCAAAUAGUGAAAUAAUACUGGUACAUGUGUUCUGAGUUUUUUUAGGGAAUGGUGGAGAGGGUAAAAUAAUGGAAAAUUGGGAAGUGUCCUUUUUUGGAUCACGCCCCUGCAUCAACUAUUCCACCACCAUAAAUGGCUUUUUGAACCAUCAUCUUCACAUAAUUCUAAAAAUAAUGAUUGCUGAACUGUUGCUUUUUAAACAGAAUCUCCUUUGCAGAGGGACCGUUUUAGAGUAAGCGGCUUCAGAAACUCUCGUUAAUGUUGAAGAAGGCGUCUGUGAGAUUCUUUGUUGUAGUCUGGACAUGUGUGGCCAUUGUAUUUCUAAUUUAAUGUGCCCUGGACCUUUUAAAUGUUACAGUUUGGAUCCGGAAGGUCAAACGCUGCUCCUGCCUUUUUGCCUCCGUCUUACGCCGCACCCUUUUUUGCCUUUGUGCCAACAACCCUCAAUCAUCAGCAUUUUUUGGUGUUUUUUUUUGUUUGAUUUUAAGUUGGUUUGUUGCUGUUUUACUGUCAGAACUCAGAACCAAGACUAGAAAUGGACAAUCCACCUUUCUUUCCUCUUGUAAAUGAAAUCCGCCAUCAUAUAUUUCCCUUAAAGGGUCCAUAUCAUGUGAUUUCUUCCACUUUCCCUACCUUCAAAACUUUUUUUGUUUGUUCUCAUAUUAAAACACUGUUUCACAUCCAGCUGUCUUCUACAUUAAGUCUACAUCGCUUUUGCUUUUACAUAUAAUUUGUAAAAAAAAAACAAAAAAAAACACACAAAACCCAACAAUCUACAUUUUAUACAAAUUUUCAGUGAGUAUAAAAUGUAUUUAUAAAAAACUUUCAUCAAAAUGCUGUGCUUAGUUCUGACGAAUUAAAGGAAGAAAAAUAAUCAUAGACAAAUUAAUUAUGGUUGCUUUUAGCACAUAAUACUAUUCAGUCUUUUUGUUUGCAUAAAAUUACAUUGGUAAGGGCUGGUUAAAGAAUAAAAAAAUAAAAUAAAAUGUAGAAUAUGGACUCUUUAAAGGAAUGAUUCGGUUUGUUAUUCAAAUGUUGCUAACCAUGAAUAAAUUAAAAAUAAAAGCAGACACUCCAUUUUCUUCACUUGUUUGGUCACUGUUAGCUUCUUGUUUAUUUGGUUGUUAGCAAUGUUAGCAUUAAGGUUAGCUAGCUUUUUUUUUUAAACAUCUGUUAAGGUAAAUACAUAAAGCACACAAUAUAUUUUGCUUUAAAAAAAAUUCCAUUUGUGAAAUGUUCACACAAUGUAAAAGGCAGCUAACGUUUUCAAGCAGGGUAAAGUAAAGGAGUAAAUAAAAUGGCACUGUGUAGUUUUCAUAUGCGUUUUUUCUUGUAGCUAAAAGGCUAUUUCUGCUUGGUUCUGAGCUACUGAAUGAAACAUACCUCUGUUUAAAGCUUUUCUCUAUUUUUAUUAAAAUUAUGUUUGCUUUUUAUGUACUUUUUUGUAAAGCUCUUUAAGCAAGUUGUGUUCUGUUCUUUUCUGCUUUUAGUUUUUCUGUUUCAUAUUUUCCACUUUCUGUCUAUAAUGUCUCUGUGCUGGAGUUAGCUAGCAUUGUUGCUAAGUCAGCGCUAGCCUCCUUAAAUGCGAAAGAAAAGCCAAACAGCUUAAAGCUGUCAGACUACCCUCACUAACCUUCAUCUGUUGUACUCUCAGAUCUGUGUCGCACUUUCUAUUUUCUUCUCUUUCUCUCUGAUUAGCACUUUCUCCUCACGCAACUGCCUCAUGACUUAGCGCUUCGUGCUAGUCUGAAUGUCUGAGCUGUUAGUUUACAUGGUCGGCUAAUGCUAAACACUCAUUCACUGCAAUUUGUUUUCUUUCGCACGUUUCUUUUUUACUUCUUUCUUUUCCUCUUAUUUUUCAGUCUCUUCUUAGUUCUGAAUUGUUUUGCUUCACUUUUAAACUCUACUUUCUCCCCUCAGUUCUGUUUUUAAAGGGAACUGCAUUUUUUCUUAACACUUCUGCUGAAUUCAGUGGUUUAGAUGUGAACAAAUUCAGAGUGAGGUUGUUGUGAAAUUGUGGUUCAUGGUAGGAAACCAUACAAAAUCAAAUUAUGUUUACAGUGGUGAUGAACGAAACAAGAUGUCCACAUGAGUCUGUUUUACCACAUAACUUCCCUUUUAAACCAACAUCUUCUCAUAACGCUGGUAAAACACUAGUUUAGGGGCUCUCUGAGUGGUCCGGCAGACUACGAGUAAGGAUCAUGCUGCUUUACAUCAGCAGCCAGAGUCAGAGAGAGCGCAAGCACAAUUAUCUAUUACCUCUUUGGUCAGAAGAGGCAUGUGUUAGCUAAUGUAUCAGAGCUGGGUUGCUGUGCUUACCUUCAAAUGUGCUGGCUACCUAGUGAUACUACAUUGUGGGGGAUAUAUCAAAGGAGACAUGUGCUAGUCUUCACCCUUUUAGUGUUGGUGGCAUUGCUAGUGACAGGGGGUAAAGUAAUUGCCUCCAUAGAUUGGGUGGGAAAAGGAUCAAAUAAAAAAAUAAAUUAUAUAAAAAAAUGGAAAACAAAAACAAAACUGUGUUCCGGGCAUUUGACAUUGUUCAUAAUUAUUUUGUGUUAUAACUUUCUGUAAGGGAGCUUUUAAAGUUUUAGGACAGUUGAUUCGAUUGACCACCACUGUAAACAAUUCUGACAAUUUCUCUAAAACACAAUUUUUUAAUUGUUUUGUUAUUUUAUGUGUAUUUUUUGAUGUUUUGUUUGCUUGCUUGCUUGUUUCCCCUCUAAAUUUGCUAAACUACUGGAAAAUCUAAAAUUGAGUUCUGAAAAAUUCUGAACAUUUUUGCAAUAUUAGAGAAAACAGUGAGAUGUUUUUCCUUCAGCUGUAUUUUUGUUUUGUUUUCUGAUGUUUACAAGGUAAGACUGAUUCAGAUGUCCAGCUUGUUUUGUUUUGGGUUGUGUGUACAGUGUGUCUGAACUUCAGGGCUGUAAUUUUAGCAGAAGCUCAGCAGAGGAGGAGCGUGGUGCUCCAUUAAGAGCUGCUAAGUAUUGUGAUGUUUAGACAUCUGAAGGUCUGAUAUUUCAGAUAUUUGUCAGCCCAGAACCAAAUCUGAAGUGACUGUGUGUUCACACUAAUCCUGAUUUCAUCACUCACUCUGAAUCACUCUGAACCACCCAAAUCACUCUCGAUCUCUGUAAAAACAACAACAAAAUUCAUUUGAAGACCCACAAAAAUGAACUUCUUUUGUCUUUAUUUUUUAUUUUUCCUUUUCUUCUUUUUUUUUCCUUGUUUGCCUUUUUGUUUUUUUUAUUUCUUUAUUUGGUGCAUUGCCUUUUUCUUUCUUUCUCUCACUCUUUCAGUUGUAAUUUUUUUUUAAUCUUUUUUCUUUGUGCUUUCCUCCUCAGAGUGCUGAAACUUGCUGCUCUGUGUAACUGAUUUGUAAUGCUUUGUUUUUCUUACUUUGUGGUUUUGUUCUUUGCCUGUGUGUUUUUGUUUGCUGGCGUUUGGCUCCACCCUGCGCUCACCUGUUCAGAGAGAGAGAGAGACGCCGUUUCUCUGCCACAGAUGAAUCCCCUCUCUUUGCUCUGCAUCAGUUGGUCAGAUCUGGUGACCGGUGUUAAUUUAAUUCUGGACUGAAUUCAGGAGCAAUACAUUUGAGUCACUGGCCUGAAAAGACACCGACUCGUCAGCACCGUCUGGUGGAGCGAAGGAGGGCCGCAGCUUCUCUGAGCCACAUUGACCUCCCAGAUUAUUCUGCUUUGACUUUUAAUAAUUUAGAUUUAAUUGAAAAAAAAGAAGCUAGUAGAACGAUGAAAUCAGGUGUUCUGUGACUGUAGACUGCUUUGCUGGAUGUGGUUUUUAUGAUGGGAUUAAAAAAAUAAUCAUAAUCAAAUAUAAAUAUCAUUCAAAUAAACCAAAUACACAAAUAUA